AUGGCGACUCUCGGCGGCAGUCGUGGGGAUCGUCACGGCAACUCAAAUCAACAUAAGUCUUCUCUUGUAUCUCCAGAGAAAGUUCGCGAUAUUCUCAACGAGGGGGUCUCGUCGACAGGCACCGGAGCCAACAGUGGAAAAGGAAAUUUGAAUGUUCUCGAGGCAAAAAGCAACACUCAAGCACCUUGCGAGGCAACCAACAAAGAAGCCUUCUUCUCAAGAGUGGAAUCAUAUUCAUGUUUGAAAUGGGCAGGCAAGCCCCGCGCACUGUCCCCUCUGAUGUGUGCCAGAUAUGGCUGGAUCAACGUUGGCUGCGACAUGCUCAAGUGCUCCAGCUGCCAGGCCUUCCUUUGUGCAUCACUACAACCAACUUUAGACUUUGAAAAAUACGAAUCCCGCAUUGGAGAGAUAUCGAGGCAGCUUCAGACACAGCAUGAGAAGUUUUGUCCUUGGCCUGACUUUCCAUGUCCAGAGCGGUUCUGGCUGGUUCCAGCCUGUGAACCAUCAGCACUUCUUACUGCCUUCUUAGAGCGCUUUCAGAGCGCCUGUCUGCUUGCACAGCAGCUGCCAGCUAUGAAGCCUGAGCAGCUGAAAUCCAUGUCAUUGACUGAGGAUGUUAUCAGUGUUAUACUGCAGCUGAUUGAGGAAGAACAAAAAAGAAAGGGAGGGACUCCAUGUUCUGAACCUUUGGCUGUCCAAGUGGCUGCAUGCAUAGUCUCUCUCUGUGGCUGGGGUGGAAGCCCAGCUCUGCACGCCAUGAACCUGCCCAUCCUCACGUGCUCCUAUUGUAUGCGCAAAGUGGGCCUGUGGAAUUUCCACCAGAUGGAGGGAACAGGAGGUGAGGGUGAUGGCUCACCAAACAGCCCCUCUACCCAAACAACAGGUCUGGCCUCAACUGUGCCACACGACGGCCAAGGGGACCGCUCCACGUCUGCAUCACCUACUCCCGCUACAACUCCAUGUCGCAUGAAACUCAGGAGCCAGGACUCCACCCGCUCUGAUCAGGGUGAUGGCAACACCUCCCUCGUGGGCCUGCGUGCCCGAAGCAGAGACUCACCAAGCCCUAGUGAAGAUCAGCCAAGUCCUUUGGGCAGGGGAAAGAGGGCCGCAACCCGCAGUCGAGGGCAAGGGGACAAUUCUGGGGGAGAUGGGGCUGUAACCCUGCAACACCCUCCCAAACGCCUGUGCCUUUCAUCAGUUGGUGGCCCCGAUGGGCUUCUGCACAAGAAUGCAUUUGACCCCCUUGCCCAGCACAGAGACUGGUGUCCCUGGAUCAUAGCAGGAAAGGAAAACUUGGAUCCAGGGGCCAUCCCCUUUUUUGAUGGGGUUUCUUCACUUCAUCAGCAGGGCUGGAAGGCUGCUCUCAACCUCCUCAUUCCCAUGAAGAAGAACUCUAAUACAGUGGGGGACAGUCCAGCCCAGGGCCCUCGUGACAAGUCUAAAAGGGUGUUCGCUAUAUUCCGUCAGUGGCAGGUAUCCUCCUCUCCAUCUCAGUAGAUUGUUUCCAUCCAAACAGCAUCGCAACACUGGAUUGAUGAACUGACCUGCCCUCUUUUUGUGGUACAGAGUUUGUAGUACCAGUGACAGGAGUGUCCUAUCAUAUCAAUGUAUAUGCCAGCCAGUAAAGUUGUCUCUGGAGGAAAAUUUGAGUGUCUUUAGACAAAUGGAUGAGUGUCUUGUCUGUGAACAGUGAAAUAUGUGAAGGAUGCCUGUGUAGCUUUUAAACACAUGAAUUCUGCUACAUGAAUAAUGGGAUGUGCAACUUUUAAGGCCUUGGUAACGUGUCAUGAUAUAGAACACAUCUCUGUGUAAGAAUUGGUCACAAGCAAGGCAUCUUCUAUUAACCUCACAUGAAGUCUUCUUUGGUAGACUUCAUGACAUCAUGAAGAUCCGGUUUCCUGUGGAAAACGAAACAAGGAAUCCGUGAUGCUGAGUACGUGCCAAAUGGCUCGACACUGGAAAGGCAGUGUUUACCUUCAAUGUAUGUUGAGUCAUUUGGAGUGGUAAACAUUAACCUCAAAUUAACAAACUGUGAGGAAGUCCUUUUUUGUAUGUGUACUGUGUUGCUUAAAAAGAUGUGUGAUUACAAGUUCUCUUUUGAAAAGAACCUAUUCCUUUUGGAGUAGUGAAAUGUUUUUCAUUCAGUUAGGAGAUAGUGCUGAAAUCCUGAUUAAUGCAGGCAGAUAGAACCCUGUGCCAUGAACGUCAAACAUGUUUUCAAUUAGAUUCAGGAUUGCCUGUACUUCCUUUCUGCCUUCCUGUGACAUCUCAUUGUUGAUGCAGUCCUCACUAUCCUGCAUGUGCUUUUAUCUCUGCAGAAUUUCCUUUAGGAGGUUUAAUAAAAUGCUCUUCUGAAAAUUUCUUUGACAUUGCAUGU